AUGAACACAAAAAUUACAGCCCUGGAGAGGGGAACAGCCCCAGAAGAAAGCUUCAGGCCAGGCCAACAUCCCUUUACAAGGGAGCUCAUGAGAGCAGAGCUUCCCAAGGGUUUUAAACCCCCUACAUUCGAGGGUUAUGAUGGGAAGGGCGAUCCCAACGACCACAUCAGUUACUUCAAUGCCAUGAUGAUAGUCUAUGGUGGGUCCGAUGUAGUAUCCUGUCGAUCUUUCCCCACCUCUCUCAAGGGGCCCGUGGCGUUGUGGUCCGCCAAAUUGAAGCCUAACUCAAUCCGAAGCUUCACAGAGUUGGCCAAGGCCUUUGUCAGCCACUUCCAGAGCAGUGUAAAGCAGAAGAAGACUGCAGCCAACUUGUUGGCUGUGAAGCAGCACUCUGAUGAGUCCAUCAGAGAUUAUAUCACCCGCUUCAACGUGGAGAGCUUGGAGAUCAAGGACCUGGAUGAUGCAAUGGCCUUCAACGCCUUGCACAAUGGGGUCACCAACCACGACCUGGUGAAAUCACUCGCGUUGGACCCAGUGGCGACCAUGCCGCAGCUAUUGGACCGUUGUUACCAAUUUGCCGACAUGUUCGAUAUCAUGAAGGCAAGAAAAGCAAUGGAUGGCAAAGUCCUUGAGAAAAAGAGGGCAAGUGAAAACAAUGAGAAGAGUAAGGACACCAAGAGAGCAAGGUCAGACAGAGACCAAAGUCCUGACUACACCCCGCUCAACACCACCAGGACCAAAAUCCUAAUGGAAGUCUAUGAUCGGGGACUGCUGCAGUGGCCCUGGCCAAUGUUCUCCAGACCGGAGGACAGAAACAAGAAUAAGUUCUGCGAGUUCCACAAAGACGUGGGCCAUGACACUAAGAACUGCAGGCAAUUGAAGAGAGAGAUUGAAGAUGUGAUCCAAAAGGGCCACUUAAGACGGUAUGUCAAAGGCGAUGUAAAGGAUAACACCCGAGGUUGGGAAGCCACGAGAAAUAAUCGUGGAAGGGACGACAGAGCUUGUAGAGGAGAUGAUCGAGAUCGCCAAGGAUGGGAGUCAGCCCGCAGAGCCAAGGCAAAGGCGAGGUUCAUGGCUGUGGCUGAAGUCCCUGAGAAGAAAGCGUGCACUGAGUCCGUCAUCACAUUCUCAGACAAGGACAUGGAGGGGCUGAGCUGGCCACACGACGAUGUUGUCGUGGUUCAGGCAGUUAUAGCCAAUAGACCAGUCCACAGGAUACUGGUGGAUACGGGGGCAUCUGUAGACAUGCAUCCUACGAUGCAUACUUGUAGUUUGGGUUUGAGCCGGGCACUUUGA